CCGGCGCUGUGCGGAGCGGCUGCACUCAAAUCAGGUCAUCAGCAGCGGAUCAACACGAGCCACCGGCGCGCGCGCACUCACUCGCUCGCGCGCUCACUCGCUCGCUCGCUCGCUCACUCACUCACUCGCACGCGCACACAUCUCUUUCCGCACGCGAUGUGUCUUGAUAAAGAGUGAUGCCGUUGUGGAGCUUCCCUAGUGAGUGUAUAAACGCUGCUCUCUGACUGAUGAGCUGGUAUGCUGAUUAGAGCGUUGCUCAGCCGAGCACAUCCUCCUGGGAACAGCAACAACUAUACACCUGACUCAAGUACCUGAACAAGCUCCACCUGGAUCUGUCUCUCUCUCUCUCCCUCGGUGUUUCUCCGUACCUCUCUGUCUGUCUCCGGCAGCCAUGAUUGCCUCGCUCUGGCUGGGGGGGUAACGGUGAGUUAAUUGGAGGAUUGGCGUGUUGGUUGCCGUGGUGAAGUGGCGCCGUGUUCACAGCAGCAGUGUCAGCAGUGUGAUGGCCUCGUGAGGUGAAGAUGGCAGCGUCGUGGCUGUGUCGUCCCCAGCAGCCCCAUCAGAGCGGUUAAGGAGGAAGACGACGCUCUGGGCACAGGAGCAGCAUGCAGGAGGCUGACCUACCGGCCACUAAUGCUUUCACAGAGUGCAAGUUCCUGUGCACCAAUGGCCGCUGCCUGGACCUCAGCUCGCUGGUGUGUGAUCAACUCAACCACUGUGGAGACAACAGUGAUGAGGAGAACUGCCCUGUUUCCACCCAGCACCCUUCUCCCGCUCUGUUCUACUCUGAAUUGGAGUUUGUGCAGAUAAUAAUCAUAAUUGUGGUGAUGAUGGUGAUGGUGGUGGUGAUUAUCUGUCUUCUCAACCACUACAAACUCUCAACGUGGUCCUUGAUGAGCAGGCUGGGCCAGGCCAGGAGGCAGGAGCACUCUCUGCAGCCGGAGGGAUGUUUCUGGCCAUCAGAUAGUGGAUCCAGACAAGGAGCUUCAGAGGUGGUGUACGCCCCUCAUCCUCGUGAGCGCUUCAGCACUCCCUCAUUCCUGCAGCGAGAUCGCUUUAGCCGUUUUCAGCCUACCUACCCUCUCCUGCAGCAGCACAUCGACCUGCCACCUACCAUCGCACUUUCGGAUGGAGAGGAGCCGCCACCGUACCAGGGCCCGUGCCCACUGCAGCUGCGCAACCCUGAGCAACAGCUCGAGCUGAACCGCGAGUCAGUGCGAGCGCCGCCCAACCGCACAGUCUUCGACAGUGACCUGAUGGACAGCCAUGGCCCGUGCCCACCUAGCACCAACACAGGCAUCAGUGCCGCCAACUGGAGUGCCCACGGACGCACGGAGGGUCCUCCACCCGCCUACAGCGAGGUCAUGGGCCACUACCCAGGCACGGCGUUUUACCUUCACCAGCACAGCAAUAACCAGUCCUCCUCCGUGCCAACUGUGCCCGGUGCCAGGACGCGCCAGGGCAGCACGGAAAGCACAAUAGUUCUGAGCAAAGCCAAGGACAUGCAGAGAGGGGAGCUGGUGUAAGGUCAGCUCUCCAUACCCUCUCCUUUUACAGGCUACAAAGGGGUGUGGUCACUCUCUGGACACUCCCAUGCACAACAUAAAAUGCGUCUGUCUUCACUACAAAAGCAAAGCCACAUUACAAGAAGGAACCAAGCGGAGCAAAGCUUACAAAAUAACAUUUUAUUGACUGUCUCUC